AAAUUAUUAAAUCACAAAAACAUAUUUCGGAAUUUAAUAUCUCCAAUCUUAAAAAUAAUUUCGAGAUCAUUUUAUCCAACUUAUUAUUAUUACACAAGAAUACUUUGGUUUCGAUGAGGUUGGAAGGUGUAUAUAUUUCUGAAAAUUCUGUAGAUAUGCUGAAACAAUUUGGAAAUAUUAGAAAGAUUAAAUUACUUCACUGUAAUAAACUUACUAGUGAAGUUUUACCUGAUUAUUCAGAAUAUAUCGCAAAGUUAAAAUAUUUAUAUUAUUAUAAUAAAAAAUAA